AUGGCGUCUCUAGAACACUUCGAGCAGGCUGAGCCAUACUCUAGUAAUGAUAGGCUGACGGCACAGGCUCAUCGUCGGCGCAUCAAUGAGCGUGCCGUUAUCGAAAACCCACUUGCGCAUUAUACAGAUGAACAACUUGAAGCAGACGUUAAAUCUUUUGCCGAGAAGUGCCUCACCGUCGACACAGCAGAUCUCCUGCGCGCUGCUCGCGUGGCCAAGGAUAUACGGCUCUAUGAUGAAGUUGCACGAAACCAAACCCCUGGAGCCGGCAAAGAACUGCCAGUUCAGUUGACGGAAGAAGAAAAACGAGCACUUCGUCGGGAACGCGACGUUCCUUUCAGUGAGCGAGGAAUGUGGACCAUCAUUAUUACAGUGUCCCUCGCGGCCUUUCUUCAAGGACAUGUCCAAGCAUCGUUCAACGGCUCAUCGUUGUACGAUAAUCAAUUUGGUCUAAACACUACGACCUCGAACGAGCAAAGCAACGAUAUCACCACGGGAGCGCAUGCCGAGCUUGGUCGCGACGAUUGGAAGCUCGGAGCUGCCAACGCAUCACCGUUCCUGUUCGCCGGGGUGCUAGGAUGUCCGUUGGCACUCCCCGUUAACCACUACCUCGGCCGCAAAGGUGGGAUGGUAAUUGCUGCUGUGUUGAUAUUUGCCAGCUCUUUGGGCUCUGCGUUUGCAAGAACAUGGCAGGAAUUAUUUGCUAUUCGUCUCGUCAACGGUAUCGGCAUGGGUCUCAAAGCCGUCAGUACUCCUAUUCUGGCCAGUGAGACUGCAGUUGGGUUUUGGCGUGGCACAUCCAUCCUAGCGUGGCAACUUUGGGUAGCCGCGGGUUUGAUGAUAGGGUUCGCUUUCAACCUGAUAUUCGACACGGCAUCAGAUAAGAGAUUGACUUUUCAACUCAUGGUUGCCGCCCCCCUGGUUCCAGCACUAGCACUACUGGUCUUAGUUAUCUGGUUUUGCGACGAAAGUCCACGGUACCUAAUGCGCAUCUCGAGUCCCCGCUACAACCCACAGCGCGCAUUUGAGAUCCUCAAGAAGCUUAGAAACACGGAAUUACAAGCACUACGGGACAUUUACCUCGUCCACAAGUCCAUCGAACAAGAAGAGCUGCCAGAUAGGACCUCGCGUCCUCGGGCGGCAACUGGUUUCCUGUCGACUAUAGUUGGGUUUCUACGACAGUACAAGCAGCUGUUUCUGGAGAGGCGACUACGGAACGCCUUGAUUAGCAGUUCAACCGUGGCUCUGGCGCAACAGCUUUGCGGAAUCAACGUUUUGGCAUUCUACAGUGGAACGCUGUUUAACCGUGCCGGCUUGAACAAGCGCAUCUCGAUGGUUUUCAGUCUAGGUUAUGGCGCGGUCAACUUCAUCUUUGGUCUCCCGGCCAUCCGGACAAUCGACACUCUCGGACGGCGGAAGUGGCUCAUGCUGACUCUACCAGUCAUGGCGCUCUUCAUGUUACUGGCGGGCGUGUCUUUCAACAUCUCAGACAACGACGCCAAGAUCGGUGUGGUGGCACUCUUCAUCCUCUUAUUCGCGGCAGCCUACUCGCCGGGUUUAGGACCGAUACCUUUCACCUAUGCCUCAGAGAGUUUUCCUCUCUCCCAUCGUGAAGCCGGCGCGGCGUUCGCUAUUGCCGUCAACCUUACAUUUGCCGGUCUUCUGUCAAUGUUCUUCCCGAGGAUCAACUCUGGACUGGGCGACGACGGAUCUCUAUACCUGUUUGCGGGAUUAAAUAUAGUUGCCUUCGUGUUGGCGUUCUUACUGUUGGAGGAGACCAAGAGGCGGAGCCUGGAGGACUUGGACUUGGUAUUUGCAGUGUCGAAGCGCAAAUUCAUGCACCACCAGGUUACUGAGUACCUUCCGUGGUUCCUCAGGCACUAUUUGUUGAGGAAGAAGGAUGUCAAGCCGAGCUUAUACAUCGACUUGAUUUGGGGGUCUGAGACGUCAUCGAACCGUCCCAAUUUCAAUCUCGGACCUUUGGUGUCCCGUCCGCCGCGACUUGCCGUCCUUGUCCCUCGUGCUCUCCUAACCUCCUCCGCCCGCAGUAGCACCCUUCAGACACCGCAAGUUCUGGGCGUUGUUGGAGAAAACGCAACUAUCAAGAUACCAGAUACCAGCAGAGCAGCCGUCAUGACUUCUUUGCGAUUGACCAUCGAAGAUGGCCAGUUCCGUGACGGCUAUGGCAGACAGGUCGUUCUUCGAGGCCUCAACGUCGCCGCCGACGCCAAGUUGCCCAGCGAGCCGGACCAACCUUCCCACGUGGGCGAAGAUUUCUUUGACGGCGAUAACGUCAAGUUCCACAACCGCCCGUUUCCCAAAGAGGAGGCCCACGAGCAUUUCUCAAGGAUAAAGCGCUACGGUUACAACACUAUCCGUUACGUUUUCACAUGGGAGGCCAUCGAGGCUGCCGGCCCCGGGCGUUACGACGAGGAAUGGAUCCAACACACGAUUGAUAUCUUGAGGAUAGCCAAGGAGUACGGAUUUUAUGUCUUCAUGGACCCCCAUCAGGAUGUGUGGGCCAGGUUUUGCGGCGGCUCCGGCGCACCAAUGUGGACGAUUUACGCUUGUGGCCUCAACCCCCAGAGCUUCGCCGCAACCGAAGCUGCCAUCGUGCACAACACCUAUCCGAAGCCCGACGAGUUCCCGAAGAUGAUAUGGUCGACAAACUAUUGGCGCCUCGCUGCCGCCACCAUCUUCACCAUGUACUUCGGUGGCCGGGACUUUGCGCCAAAGUGCAUCAUCAACGGCAUCAAUAUCCAAGACUUCCUUCAGGGUCACUUUGUUGGGGCUUGCGCACACCUUGCGAGGCGCAUACAUGAGGCCGGCGACCUAGAGAACGAGGUCGUUGUGGGUUGGGAGAGCAUGAACGAGCCGGGCACCGGACUGGUAGGGUACCCUGAUCUCACCGUCAUCCCUAGUUCGCAGAAGCUCAAGAAGGGCACCUCUCCGACUAUUUGGCAGGCUAUUCUUACUGGAUCUGGUCGUGCUUGUGAAGUAGAAACCUGGGAUAUGGGCGGCAUGGGGCCGUAUAAGGUCGGCCGUUCUUUGAUUGAUCCCCACGGCGAAAGUGCUUGGCUACCUGCCGAUUACGAUGACUCGAGAUACGGAUGGAAGCGAGACGAGGGUUGGAAACUUGGAGAGUGUAUCUGGGCCCAACAUGGCGUCUGGGACCCAAAAACAGAUACGCUGCUCAAAAAGAACUACUUUGCGAAGAAUCCGAAUACAGGGAAAACGAUCGACCACCCAGAGUAUACUAAUACUUAUUUCAUGGACUCUUACCGUCUGUUCAGGGAUGCCAUCCGGCCAAUCCACAAGAACUGCAUUCUGUUGAUGCAGUAUCCUACAUUGGAGCUACCACCCGAGAUCAAGGGAACCGAGGAUGAUGACCCGUUGAUGGGCUUCGCCCCCCAUUGGUACGACGGUAUCACCCUCAUGACGAAGCGCUGGAAUAGAGUGUGGAACGUCGAUGUUGUGGGUGUCCUACGCGGAAAGUACUGGCACGAGGCGUUGUCGGUCAAGGUUGGAGAGACUGCCAUUCGCAACUGCUUCAAAGACCAACUUGCGACUCUACGGCAGGAAGGCCGUGACAGGAUGGGUAACCAUCCCUGUGUCAUGACAGAGUUUGGUAUUCCUUACGACAUGGGUGACAAGAAGGCAUAUAAGACAGGCGACUACACGGAUCAGUCCCUGGCUUUGGACGCGAACUACUUUGGAGCGGAAGGUUCAGGCAUGGAGGGCCAUUGUUUGUGGGUUUACGUUGCAAAGAACACACACCAGCAUGGUGACUUGUGGAACGGCGAAGACUUGUCUGUCUUUUCACUAGACGACAAAACUUUACCCAUGUCACCUCUACCGCGUGACCCGGAAUCCAACCAGUCAUCAGACAAACCGCGCACCUCCAUGAGCAGAGAUGUGCCAGAUGAGUCAACGGUCACACCGGAGAACCUCCAGAGAACGAUCACCAACCCGUCAAUUUCAACCGAGCCGACCAAGGAUCCUACUAUCACCAAUGCACCUGGCCUUCGCGCCGCUGAGGCUUUCGUAAGACCAAGCCCUUUCUUAGUCGCUGGUAAAGUGCUGCAGUCCGGCUUCGACCUGCGUAACUGUCAGUUCACCCUCAAGUUGAAAGCUCCGGCGCCGCCAGCAGAGAAUGCUCCCACGGAGGUGUUCUUGCCCGAUUUCCAUUUCCCGCAAGAUCACUGUCACGUCGAGGUUUCCUCUGGCAAGUGGGCUAUCAGUAUGGAUGACGACGAGGGGCCGCUUGUGCAGAAACUCAAGUGGUGGCACGGUGACGGCGAGCAGACACUCAAAGUCACUGGACUAGUAAGGCAGCAUAAUGUAACUGAGGGUUCUGAGGAAGACAUGGGGUACUUGGAACAGUGCCAGAGAAACUACGCCAACUGCAGUGUUAUGUAA